AUGGCUGAGAACCAAGACGAAUGUAUGUGUUCUUAUCAUACUCUCACAACUGUCAUUUUCCAAGUUGACGCGAAAGGAGCUAUCUACUUGUCGACUAAAAAUGGAACGUUUCCAAUAACGCUGACAUCCCUAAAAUCCCGUGACGACGCUACAUCACAAGACACUCAAAACAUUUUGUCUGCGACCGCGAAAAAUCUAUCUCAUGGUGCGUCUCAAAGAGAACAAGACUAUUGGGACGACUCUGAAAUGUUACUCUCAAAUUACAUUAACGUCACUUACGAUGAAGUCGACGCAUACACCUUCAAACAAAAUAUUAAAAGAAGCAUUAACGAUGCAGUUUCCAAAAAUAUAACUUUGGUAUUGGAAAAUUUGUUGAAGAAUUAUGAGAAUUCUCAGUUGCCUACGCAUGGAAAAGGUUAUCCUACUGUAGUACAAACAAAUAUAUUGAUACGGAGCAUGGGACCAGUGUCCGAAUUAGAUAUGGAUUAUUCAAUGGAUUGCUACUUUCGGCAAUAUUGGCGUGACACGCGGCUGUCGUUCCUCGGUCCCAUCCGCUCUUUGUCACUUUCUAUCAAGAUGUUGGAAAGGAUUUGGCGGCCAGACACGUAUUUCUACAACGGCAAACAUUCGUUAACUAUCAAAGCAAAGUGUCCCAUGGAACUACGUAAUUUCCCAAUGGAUCGCCAAUCGUGCCCCUUGAUUCUUGGAAGUUAUGCGUACUCGAAUCAACAGCUCGUGUACCAAUGGCAGAACUCUCAGAGUGUUAACUUUGUCCCGGGUAUGACUCUCUCGCAAUUCGAUCUCAUCAGCUUCCCUUAUAGAAACUUCACUUUCGCUCGAAGAGAAGGUGAAUUUUCAGUGCUACAAGUAUCAUUUAAUCUUCAACGACAUACGGGCUAUUUCCUUAUACAAGUGUACGUGCCUUGCAUACUUAUCGUGGUCCUUUCUUGGGUGUCCUUCUGGAUUCAUCGAGAGGCAACGUCGGACCGUGUUGGGCUGGGAAUAACGACAGUGUUGACUCUUUCCACUAUAAGUUUAGACUCACGUACGGAUUUACCUAAAGUUCGCUACGCUACAGCCCUCGACUGGUUCUUGUUGAUGAGCUUUUUCUAUUGCAUUGCUACCCUUUUAGAGUUCGCUGGCGUACACUAUUUCACAAAGGUUGGUUCUGGUGAAAUAGUAAUUGAUGAUUCAGAAUGGGAAGAGUUGAUAGAAGAGGUUGGCGGCGAUGCGUUUGCUGCGCGACAGCUUGCAGUACGUCGACGUAGCUCUGCUCGAUCUGUAACUAACUUUAGCUUCACCCUGCCGGCUCAAAGCAACCUAGAAGACAGCGACCGAACACCCGAACAGAGCGCAGUCAGGCUCACCAUGGAACGUACCACUCAGACUGAGAGAAGAGUACCUCGUUGGCGACAAUUGUUAUAUUGCUUAGCUGGAGAUGACCGGUACAGACGGCAGAGACAAGUGGAAGCAGGUCCCCGACAUUUUUUUCUUUUUAAUAUUGAUAUACCUAAGUGGUUUUCACUGGUGAUAAUCAAUUUGUGGAGUGAAGGUAGCAGAGGUCAUAUAAACAGCGUGUCUCACAUCGACAGGGCUGCCAGGGUCCUCUUCCCAGCUUCAUUCGCAGUUCUUAAUUUAUUCUACUGGAUGGUCUACGCAUUUUCUAACGAUGACUUCGCUUGGAGUGACAACCCAAUGAAUACAUUAUCCCAUUAG